AUGGAGCGUCUGCUGCACCUGCAGCAGCAGCAGCAGCAAGAGCAGCAGCAGCAAGAGCAGCAGGUUCCACCUGAGGAGCUGCAGGCGUUGUGGAGAUCCUGCUUCCGUCUGCUGCAGAUGCUGCUGCUGCGGCAGCGGGAGUUGCUGCGGGAGCAGCGGCACAGCAGAGCGUUCUCAUCUCACCAGCAGCAGCAGCAACAGCAACAGCAGCAGCAGCAGCAGCAGGUGUUGUGUGGGGCGGAUGUAGCAGCAAUGCUUCGAAUGACUGCCAAGCAAAGGAUCUGUUUGCCUCCAGUCAGUCUCCUAAAUGCAGCAAGAGCAGCCAUUGCUGCAUUUCCUGUUGCUGCUCCUGCUGCUGCUGCUGCUGCUGCUGCUUCGGAAGCACCUUGCUGCUGCAGCGCAGCAGACCUCGUGAGGGCAUGCCGCGCGUUGCAGUCGAUGGGGGCUCUCAAUGGGCGCCAGCUGCGGCAUAUUCUGCAGCAGCAGCAGCAGCAGCAGGUCCAGCUGCUGCAGCUGCAGCUGCAAGACGAGCAGCAGCUGGAAGCAGCAGCAGCAGCAGCAUUUGUACAGCAGCUACGAGCAGCAGAUGCGGUAGCCUUAUUGGUGCUGCUCGCUGCCGCAGGACUUCGACAUAAACAUCUGCUCCUUGCUGCCUGCGACUUUUUGCUGCAGUGCAGCAGCAGCAACAGCAGCAGCAGCGGCAACUGCAGCAGCAGCAGCAGCAACUGCAGCAGCAGCAGCAGCAACUGCCUGUAUUUCAAGCACCUAGCGGCUUGUUGCUGGGCCCUUUCGAAGCUUUCUUUUUCUCAUCCUUUCCUUGACCACCUAUUCGCAUACGCAAUUCCACUACACCUGAAGCAGCAGCAGCAGCAGCAACAGCAGCAGCAACAGCAGCAGCAGCAACAGCAGCAGCAGCAGCAGCAGCAGCAGCAGCAGCAUUUGGUGUCUUAUCGGGAGGCUGUGAAUAUUUGUUAUGCUUUGUGCGCUUCGUGUGUCUGUGAGACUCCGCUGUCUGAGCUGCAGCUGCAGCAGCGCAGCAAUUUGCUGCAGCAGCUGCUGCAGCUGCUGCAGCAGCAGCUGCAGCAAGACCCAGGAGGGACGGCUGCUGCACUAGGGCCCCACGCCCUGCGGCAGCUGCAGAUUGUACAUCUUUUCCUAUCCUCGUCGGAGCAGCAGCAGCAGCAGCAACGGCAGCAGCAGCACAGCAGCAGCAGCAGCAGCAGCGGUGAAUGUGCGUUAGAGUGGUGUUCUCCCGACACCGCGCUGCAGCAGCAGUUGCAGCAGCAGCUGCAGCAGCAGCUGCAGCAGCAGCAACUGCUGCUGCCGCACCAACUACAGCAGCAGCUUACCGUAGCAGCAGAAACAAUUGCGUGGCUUCGUGCUGCUGUUGCUGCUUUGCCGCUGCAGCAUAAUAUUCAUACAUCAAAGCAGCAGCGUCGCGCGCUGCAGCGGUUGCUGAAAGCUGACAGCCGCAGCAGCAGCAGCAGCAGCAGCAGCAGAAGCAGCAGCGAAGAGCUGUGUAGUGCUCCUGCAGAUUAUGCAGCAGCAGAAGCAGCACUCCAAGCGGCAUCGCCAGUAGCUGCAGGAUCAGCAGCAGCAGCAGCAACAGCAACAGCAGCAGCAACAACAGCAGCAACAGCAGCAGCAGCAACAGCAGCAGAAGUAGCUUUGUGCUGCAGCAAGGCUGCAGUAGAGUUGGCUGUGGGGCCCUUCGUCAUCGACUUGGCCCUCAGCCCCAGCAGCAACAGCAGCAGCAAGAGCGCGCAGCAGCAGCAGCAGCAGCAGCAGGAUCAAGACCCCAGGACAGUUGGGCUGUUCGCUUCCACUAUCUGCAGCAGCAGCAGCAGCAGCAGCAGUAAGAGCAGCAGUAUCAGCAGCAGCAGGAGCAGUAGUAGCAGCAGCAGGAACAGUAGCAGCAGCAGUAAGAGUAGCCGCAGCAGCAAUAGCAGCAGAAGCCGUAGCAGCAAGAGCAUUAGCAGAAGGAGGAGGACGAGCAGCAGUAAGAGCAGCAGCAGCAGCAGCAGCAGCAACGUAUCAGCGGCGCCAGCAGCAGCGCGUAUAACUUUAUAG